CACGGGUGGGAUAAUACUGAACGGAGACCACUUGCGUGUCGAUUGUGGUUUGCCUUCGCACUUCAAGUGGCCUGCUGAGGCCCACCCCAAGGAUGCAGGCCGAACUCGGGCUGCGGGCUGCACUGGCACUGGCCAGCGCCGCGCGCACACCGCGACGAGCCGGGACAUGCAGCGCCUGGCGGGGCGCCGGCUCGGCAACGCCGGGGUCCACGUCGGCGUGUUGGGCUGCUGCUCGCCCACCUCCGGUCUCCCCCGCGCCCUACGCCAACAACUCGGCAGCAGCACGCUCCUCGGGCACCGCUAGCACCAGCGGCAGGUCCAGCACCGCAGCGGCGCCGUCGGCCCAGGGCCGGGCCACCGCCGCCGCCGCCGCCCAGGGUGCCCAUGGAAGCCGCAGCACCGCCCUCAACAGCAGCAACAGCGCCAGCGCCAGCGCCAGCCCUGUAGGCGGCGGACGCCCCCAGGCGGCGGCUCCGCCUUCCUCUGUGCGCUCCGCCUACAUACACCUGCCCUUCUGCAAGCGCAAGUGCUUCUACUGCGACUUCCCAGUGGAGGCCGUGGGCCGAGACCCCACCGCGCCCAAGGUGGAGGCGCGCAUGGCCUCCUACGUGGAGGCGCUGCUGAGGGAGGUGGCGGCCACGCGGCGGCAGGGGGCGGCGCCGCUGGAGACCGUGUUCUUCGGAGGAGGGACGCCCUCGCUUCUGCCGCCGGAGCUGUUGGCGCGCAUCCUGGAGGCGCUGGACGCGCGGUUCGGCAUCGCCGCGGGCGCCGAGGUGUCGCUGGAGGCGGACCCCGGCACCUUCGACCUGGCCCGGCUGCGGGAGUACCGGCGGCUGGGCGUCAGCCGGCUCAGCGUGGGCGUGCAGGCCUUCCAACAGGAGCUGCUGACGGCCUGCGGGCGCGGUCACGACCUGCUCGAGGCGGAGGCGGCCAUCGAGGCGGUGCGGGCGGCGGGGCUGGCCUCCUGGAGCCUGGACCUCAUCUCGGGGCUGCCCGGCCUCACGCCCGACAUGUGGGCGGCCUCGCUGCAGCGGGCGGUGGCGGCGGGGCCCGACCAUGUGUCGGUGUACGACCUGCAGGUGGAGGAGGGAACGCCCUUUGAGCGCUGGCAGCGCGCCGGCCGGCUGCGGCUGCCUGCUGACGAGGCGGCGGUGGAGAUGUACGGCAAGGCCAGUCAGGUGCUGACGGCGGCGGGCUUCGAGCACUACGAGGUCAGCAACUACGCCAAGCCAGGGCACCGCUGUGCACACAACCAGGUGUACUGGCGCGGCCUGCCCUACUACGCCUUCGGCCUGGGCGCCGCCUCCUACCUGCAGGGCCGCCGCUUCAGCCGCCCCGCCCGCAUGCAGCCCUACCUGCAGUGGGUGCAGCAGCUGGCGGACAGCGAGCAGGGCCGCGCGGGGGAGGCGCUGCCGGGGGACCACCUGCCCGAGGAGUCGCAGGAGGAGCUGCUGCUGGACUCGCUCAUGCUGGCGCUGCGCACCGCCGACGGCGUGGACCUGGGCCGCCUGCGCCGCCGCCACGGCGCUGCUGCGGUGGGCGUCGUGCUGCGCGCGCUGCGCCCCCACGAGCAGGUGGGCAGCGCCUAUGCGGUGGACGGCGCCGGCCGCCGCAUCAGCAUCGCGGAGGCGGCCGUGACCAGCUCGCCCAUACUCAACCCCAAGGCCGCAGCGGCAGCAGUGGCGGCGGCGGCGGCCGCUGCUCGCGGCGAGCAGGGCUCAGCAGCUGCAGGGAUAGGGCAGGAGGAGGAGCCUGAGGCGGGGCCGGGGCCGGCGGCGGGGUCAGCGGCGGCGCUGGCGGCGGCGCGGGAGCGGGCGCGGCCCCGCGCGGAGGCGACUGUGGAGGGGACGGCAGCGGAGGGGCAGCCGGAGGACGCCACGGGUGCGGUGCGGGUGCGGCUGUCGGACCCCGACGGCUUCCUGUUGAGCAAUGACGUCAUCUCGGAUGUCUUCGCAGCCUUUGACCUGCCUUCCUCCUGGCUCAGUGACAACGAGGAGGGUGCGGAGGGCGGGAGCAGCAGUGACACGCAGGCCGGAGUCGAGCGCAAGCCCGUCGCGGCGUGAUUGCUGCGUGCGUUGAUGUAGGGCUGAAUGCUGCUUCCUCACGGGAUCUGUGUGGCAGGCUGGCGGCUGCCGAUGUAGGGCGGUUAAUCCGGGCGACUGGGGAAUGGCGGGCGCUGGCGGUUGAGGUCUUCCGGCGUCGUGGCAAGGCUGCAGGUGCACUCCGGCGGAUUGGAGGUCACGACAUGCCACCAAGGCGGCAAGGCCUGCCCCCGCAUUACCUCAUCGGAUGUAAGACCCGGCAGCG